UACUAUAUAUUAUAGUAUAUAAAAAACGAAGUGCCUAUUUCUACGCUAACGUAAGCUGAUAUUUCAAAACUAAACCUACGCGAAGUGACAGCGAAAUGAAAAAUUAACGUAAACCGAUCUCCCAAAACUAAACCUACGCGAAAUGAAAAAAGUUUCGAAAAGUGACACCCGUGGGGUAAGUUUCACUUUUCACUUAUCGUAAAAAAAAAAAAAAUUCACCAUUAUUCAGGAUCCAACGAAUUUCGCAAAAUACUUUCGGCCAUAUCCACCCCCUCUCGCCAAGGUUUUUUUAAAAAGAAAAGCGAGCAGUACCUUACGCGGCCGAAGGCCGUGUUUACUAUUUUGCAUUCACAUGUUUUUUACUACGCUAGUGUAAUGAUGAAGUGUAUUUACACUUCGCGUAACUAUAGUUUUGGAAAUCAGUUUACGUUAGCGUAGGUAUAGAGCCAGCGUAUAAAAAAUAUAUAAGAGGAAUAUAUAUACUGAUUACUGUCAAAAUGUAAAAUGCAGAACAGAGAAACCCCUAUACGUGACACUUCCCCUAGUGAGAAAAAAAAUUGCAGUGUUAUGGUGUUUGCUGCGUAUUUUGUUGACAGUUUGAAAUAACAAGAAGUAAAUAAUGGAUGCAGAUCCAACUCCUCAUGAUUUACAAAGAAAACUAUACUUCCUAGUUGAGCAACUUCAACAAAUGGCUUCCACACUGCCUCCAAAAUAUCAAAUGCGACUUCCAUAUGAGUUAUUGUCGGGAUUAGCAAAUUCUCUUUUAAACGAUACUAUUUUUGAAAUUGUCAAAGGGCUUAUGGAAAUUCAGCACGUUACAGAAAAACAUCUUUUUCAGCAACGAUUACAGUUAUUGAAUCAUCAUAAAAUUGAAGUACAGGAAACAAUGUCCACAUUAAUUAUUGAAGAAGAUCGAGCGUCUGCAAAAGAUGCGCUGAAUAAAAAACAUAAGGAAGAAUUAAAAACAACUGACAUGAAAUUAGUUUUGCAAUUAGAUCAAAAAGUUUCUGAUCAACAGAGUAUUCUUGAAAAAGCCGGUGUACCUGGUUUUUAUGUUACAACCAAUCCAGUGGAAAUUCAGGUGCAAAUGCGACUUUGUGACUUUAUUAUUCGAUUAAGCAAAAUGGAUAUUCCUAGAUAACAAUUGUAGUUGAUUUUAAAAUCAAUUUAUUGAAAAGUAUCAGAUCGUUUAUUUAUAAUUAUAAGGAAUGAAUGUGUGUACUAUAAUAAAAAUUUGUUUUGUUUUGGUAGUCGAAAUUUAAAUUUGUAUUGAAAAAUAUCCUCAUUGUUUGCAACUUUGAAAAUAAGGAUAAGGCUGUAUUAUCGAUUUAUUACAAUUAUAACUGUUUCAAAUACAAUUUUUAAUCAACACUUCCAUAAUAUAUUCUUAUCUUGAAUGUUUAACCACUAAAAAUUUGCAGUUGCAGUUGGCAAAAAAUAAGUAAAAUGAACAAAAAAUGCUGUACAUAUUUACAAUGUAAUCUUCUUUAUCAGAAUUGAAAAAUAUAUUUUUCUACGCUACAGUGUA